AUGGAUAGAUCCAAGAACUUUCGUAUCGAUGCCUUACUGGCAGAAGAAUCGCACCGGAUUAAUCGGGACAGUUCAACAGUUUUGUGCAGUGACAGCACAGAGUGUAAACCUGUGUCCUGCCGAAGAUCUGAAAACUCUUCUCCUCGCGGUACUCAGGGUACAAUUCAGUUUCAGACAGGACUCAUACCCAAACCGGGUUUGCUGAACAUUCCUCACCCCGGACUAACCUCCCUGUCUCAGAGCUCAGUCAGUGGAAUGUAUCCCGCACCCAUGUACACUUUCACCACCUUAGGAGCGCCGCAUCCCGCAUUUACAUACUCCGGCUUCGCGCAGUCGUACCCUGAACACCUGAAGGCCGCUGCUAUGGCAGGAUCCCUCCCGCUGGAGCAGUGGUUGCGGGCUGGAAUCAUGAUGCCUCGCCUUGCGGAAUACAAUGGUAAAUGGGGGAGGGUGUGUGUGUGUGCGACACAGCCAGGCCUUAUGGGUAAAUGUCGAAGGCCACGCACAGCGUUCACCAGUCAGCAGCUCCUGGAGCUGGAGAACCAGUUCAAGCUGAAUAAGUACUUGUCCCGCCCAAAGCGCUUCGAGGUUGCCACUUCACUGAUGCUGACAGAGACACAGGUGAAAAUCUGGUUCCAGAACCGGAGGAUGAAGUGGAAACGCAGCCGUAAGGCCAAAGAACAGGCAGCCCAGCAGGAGGCGGAGAACAUUAAGGCAGGGAAGAGAACCGGAAAGCCCAGCGAUGCCCGACGCUCCAGUGCACAAGAUGAAGACGAGGACCUGGAGGCAGAGGAGGAGGAGGAAGAGGAGGAGGAGGAGGAAGAGGAGUUGAAAACAAACUUAAACAGAGGAAUUGGUUUUUCCCACUCCUCAGACUUUCUGCAGCACAGCUCAGAGCUCAGCUACAGCUCCCAUGGCUCCUACUCAGAUGAUGACCUGGAAGAGAUCGGUGGGGAUAUGAAGCUUGGGGUAGGAUUAUGA